CCAACGAAAAGACAAUAAUACCACCACGUCAACGUCCACUUUCAACGAUAUAAAUGACAGCUCUACCAUCAACCCGCCGUUUUCACACUCAAUUAUGGCACUCAACAAUCUUCUUCUCUGUUCUUUCCUUCUCUUUGCCCUAUCCAUUGUCGCCGUUUCAGCGGAUGAGGAUUGCGUGUAUACGUUGUACGUAAGGACCAGCACGACCUUUAAAGCAGGAACCGACUCUAUCAUCAGCGUCAGGCUCUAUAAUGCCUACGGUGAGUACGUAGAAAUUCGCAAUUUAGAGACCUGGGGCGGCCUUAUGGGUCCUGGCUACAACUACUUCGAGAGGGGCAAUCUCGACAUUUUCAGCGGCAGAGCACCUUGCUUAUCUUCUUCUCCGAUUUGCGCCUUGAAUUUGACCUCCGAUGGAUCUGGCCCAGGCUCCAGCUGGUACUGUAACUACGUUGAAGUCACCGUCACAGGAGUCCACGCGCGUUGCUCGCAGCAGCAAUUCACGAUCGAGCAGUGGCUUUCUGUUAAAGUGCCACCAUAUGAGUUAACAGCAAUAAGGAAUUAUUGUCCGUCGGCCGAUGUGGCCGAUCUUAAGCUUCGCCGUCACCGUCAUCGGUUUGAAUCUGCUGUUAUAUAAAGCGUGGUCUUGUACUGUUGUUAGACGCUGCAUUAUUGGAGAUGGAUAAUAAAGUAAUUUUCAAUGCCUUUUUGUUUGGCCCUUGCUAA